AUGCUGCGCCAUCUGCCCUCCAGGCUGCCAGCCAGGAUGUGGAGCAGGAUUUCGGAGAAGCAGUCAUGGAGGGACAACAGUCAGGCCCCUUCCCUGUGUCUUAUCCAUAAACUUGACCACAUUGUGAUGAUAGUAAAGAGCAUAGACACCUCUAUGUUUUAUUCUCAGAUCCUGGGCAUGGAGGUGAUGACUUUCAAGGGAGACCGGAAAGCAUUGUGUUUUGGAGACCAGAAAUUUAACCUCCAUGAGGCGGGAAAGGAAUUUGAACCCAAAGCCGCUCACCCAGUUCCUGGCUCCCUGGAUACAUGCUUGAUCACGCCUUUGGAGGAAAUGGUCCAGCACCUCGCGGCUUGUGAUGUCCCCAUUGAGGAGGGCCCAGUCCCCAGAAUGGGGGCAAAAGGGGGCAAAAGUAUGUCCACCUACUUCCAAGACCCUGACAGAAACCUGAUUGAGGUGUCCAACUACAUCUCCUUGUGAUGGAGGCUAGCUCUCUGCCAUCUUGUCCCCUGCUAUGUCGCCCUCUCCCUUCCUUCCUGCAAACCCUCGCCCAGGGCCAGAAACCUCUAAGGACUGAGGACUUAGGCACUUCACACAUCCUGCUGGAGGAUCUGAGGCAGUUUGGGGAC